CAUCAAAUAUCCUGCAUUACUUAAAACACAUCAUCAAACUCCAAAAAGACGCACAGAGAAGAGAAUCAAGAUGAGUUUCAGAUUCUCUCAUGUUCUUCAUCUUUUUUUCAUACUUUCUUUCUCCUUUUCAAUCUUAGCUCAUAAUGAACAAGACCCAACAACAAAAAUUAUGGAAGAUUUUUCAGGAUACCCAAUUCAUGAACCCCAGUUUAGUGCUUCAACUUCCUUCUCAGUUGAUACUGAAAACUUACAGCUUCAGAUUGAUGAGUUGUCUAGAUACUCGGAUACUCCUGCUCCAUCAGUUACUAGAAUUCUAUACAGCGAGAAAGAUGUAUUAGCUCGGAGGUUUAUAAAGAACAUAAUGGCGUCAUCUGGUCUCUCUGUUAGAGAAGACGCUGUUGGUAAUAUAUUCGGGCGAUGGGAUGGCCGUGAACCUGAGUUGACUGCUGUUGCAACAGGUUCUCACAUUGAUGCUAUUCCAUACUCUGGAAAGUAUGAUGGAGUUGUUGGGGUGUUGGGAGCAAUAGAGGCAAUUAAUGUUUUGAGAAGGUCUGACUUCAAGCCUAAAAGGGCUCUAGAGGUGAUAAUGUUCACAUCAGAGGAGCCCACACGUUUUGGAAUAAGCUGUUUGGGAAGCCGCUUAUUGGCAGGGAAUGAUGCACUUGCUAAUGCUCUUAAAGGGACCGUUGAUGGUCAAAGCAUAUCAUUUUUUGAUGCUGCGAGAUCUGCAGGCUAUGCAACAGAUCAAGAUGAUUUAAGCAGUGUGUUCCUGAAGAAAGGAAGCUAUUCAGCUUUUAUUGAGUUGCACAUUGAGCAAGGCCCAUUGCUAGAAGACGAAGGUAUACCAAUAGGCGUUAUAACUGCUAUUGCUGCACCAGCAAGUAUAAAGGUGGAUUUUGAAGGAAAUGGAGGUCAUGCGGGAGCUGUUCUGAUGCCUUACAGAAAUGAUGCAGGAUUGGCAGCUGCGGAGUUGGCACUUGCUGUUGAGAAACAUGUAUUAGAAUCUGGAUCCAUUGAUACUGUUGGUACUAUAGGCAUUUUGGAGCUGCAUCCAGGGGCAAUCAAUAGCAUCCCGAGCAAGUCUCACUUAGAAAUUGAUACACGAGACAUUGAUGAGAAGCGGAGGAACAGUGUAAUCGAAAAAAUUCAUCAAUCUGCUAUUACUAUAGCUAAGAACCGAAAUGUCACACUAUCAGAAUUUAAAAUCGUCAAUCAGGAUCCACCAGCAUUAUCAGAUGCAUCAAUCGUUAAGGCCAUGGAAGCCGCAUCUAAAGAACUCAACCUCAACCACAAGUUGAUGAUUAGCCGAGCAUACCAUGAUUCAUUAUUCAUGGCCAGAGUAUCUCCAAUGGGCAUGAUCUUCAUUCCAUGUUAUAAAGGUUAUAGUCACAAGCCUGAAGAAUUUUCGACGACUGGCGAUAUUGCAAAUGGCGUCAAAGUAUUAGCAUUAACUCUAGCCAAGUUGUCCCUAGCCUGAUGUAAUUACUCGGCAAUUUCAACUCUAUGACAGCUUCUUAAAGGUGGUUUCGUUCUUUUUGCUAAAUAUGUGAAAAUGUUGGAUGUAUGAAAUUGAAGGUUACAAUGAAUAAUAUUUUGACCCCCAACGAUGUCCUACAUUUCCGACAGAUAGUAAAACUAUCAAAUAAAAAUAGAUGUAUCG